UCUGUCAAAGUCAAAUGUUUCUUUUUUCGCUGGUGGCACAUAUUUUUCUCAUCACCCUCAUAACACAAACUUAGUGGAAAAAUAUCGAAAACAUAUUUUGUACAAGAAUAAACAGCGUGAGUUUUACACAAUUUCUGAGAAUUUGUGAGUUCGGCAUCGGAAACGUGCUUUUCACACGAUGCCAGACGCGGUGGACGGUGGAGACAUUCCAAAAUCGAAACGACCUUCAGAUUCGGCUUUCAAGCAACAGCGACUUCCGGCAUGGCAACCCGUACUGACGGCUGGGACAGUUCUUCCUGCCUUCUUUGUUAUCGGAAUCGCGUUCAUUCCUGUGGGUGUGGCUCUUCUGUACUUUUCGAAUGCCAUUACUGAGUUCGUUUACGAUUACACCAACUGCGUCCAGGUGGGCAGCAUGAAUCGCACUUGCUCGGAAGUGCUGAGUUCGAAGGAAGCCGACGAUUGUAUGUGCUCGGUUAACUUUACGCUGGAGAAAGAUUUCCUCGGUAAAGUGUACAUGUACUAUGGUUUGACGAAUUACUAUCAAAAUCAUCGGCGCUACGUGAAGUCUCGUGACGACGAUCAGCUGCUAGGACGUCUGUCGAUGACUCCGUCCAGUGAUUGUGCUCCGUUUGCCUAUACGGACGAUGCAAACACGCAACCGAUUGCACCCUGUGGAGCGAUUGCUAAUUCACUGUUCAGUGAUACUUUCGAGCUAUCGUCGGAAUUGUACGGACCGGUACCGCUGCUGAGGACAGAAAUCGCUUGGCCGUCGGAUAAGAAGAUAAAAUUUCGUAACCCGGAAGGGGACCUGCGGGAAGCGUUACGCGGUUUCUCGCGACCCAGGGAUUGGCGGAAGGAAUUGUGGGAACUGGAUGUCGUUGAUUCGGACAAUAAUGGCUUUCAGAACGAAGAUCUCAUCGUUUGGAUGCGCACGGCUGCACUGCCCAGUUUCCGCAAGCUGCACCGCCGAAUCGAUCACUCCAAGAAGUAUUUCGUGGAUGGACUUGGAAAGGGAAAUUACACACUAAAAAUCAACUACUCUUACUCGGUCAGUGAAUUCGACGGGACGAAAAAGAUCAUCCUAUCGACAACGUCGCUGUUGGGCGGCAAAAACCCUUUCCUUGGUUUCGCUUACAUCAUCGUCGGCAGCGUUUGCCUCCUCUUGGGAAUCGUCCUACUUGUGAUUCAUAUUAAAUGUAGUAAAAACACUACCGGUAUUAACAGCGUGAGCCAGCGCACACCGUACACAUAGGAGUUACUCUCGUUGAACAGCUAAAUUACCCUUUCCGAAUUUUGAUUCCCCUACCUACCUACCUACCUAACUGGUUGGUUAAAUUUGUCAGAUGUUUAUCGCGGUAAGUAGGUAUACUGUUCAACAGAGCCGGUGUAGAGCCUAAUUGGGUUGGAAACGACAACAGAUGAUGCUUUAAUAAUAUUCUAGUUAAGUUUGAGUCGUGUUUUCUUUAGUCUGCUAAAAGAUACACAAUUGUUUGUACAGUUUCUUGGAGUGGCAACCGGGUUUUAGUUAUGGUAGAACAAUGCUAGACACAGUAUUCUUUUCAGAGAUAUCAAGUUUACAUUCAGCAUACGUAUUUGUUACAUGGAAGCAAACAAGAAUAUUACACUGGGAAGACGAUCACGUUUUUGAUGCUGAUGGAAAGCAACAUUUGAUGGUAAACGACGAUUAUAUACAAAAUUCGCAGACUAAUGUUCAAUGUGACAAAAUAAUGUUGCACGUUUUACUGAAAAAAGAUUCACUUAUAGGUCAUAAGCUUUGUGUUGCAUUUUUUCCUCUUAAGAAUAUUUGAAAUCAUCUGUAGUAUCAACCGUUUUAGUUUAAAUUUUGAAUAAUUAUUUUUGACGGAGAUCAACUAAAUUUGAGUAAUAUUUUAUUAGUAAAAUGAACAGUAAAUUUUAAAACAAACUUUUAGAAAUGAUAACAUUUAGAAGUCCAGCUGUCAACUCGGCAAAUUACUUUUUAGAAACAGAUGGUUUGAACGUGUCCUAAUAUCAACAUUCAUGUAACGCAGAACAAAUAGGAAUCUUUACUACUAACAUUUAUCGUGAAAAAACAAUUGUUAAAGAUCGAUUUUAGAUUCGUGGAAGAAUGUUUCCGCACCCGUCGUGAUUUUCCAUACCAAAUAAAACGUUGAAAUCGUAGUUUAUUGAAUCAAACCAGCAGAUUUGUUGUGUCCGGUAGCGUAAAGCUAUAUGAAAACUAUGUCAUUCUAAUCACAAUUUCUCAACGUGGCCUUGUGUAGCGAUGGUAUUGAAUAGAGAAAUAGAUACACUCUCUCACACACAUACCGACAGACGAAAAUACAGAAAUAUUAGAUAUUAAA